UUGAGAUGGACAAAAUUGCCCUACCUAAACCCUUCCGCCACCACUACCACCACCACCACCGCUUCUUCACUCUCUUCCUCCUCCUCACCGUCUCCACCGUCGUCCCAAACCCAGUAGAAUCACAAACACAACUCCCCUCCGACGUCGUUUCACUCCUCAAAUUCAAACUCAAAGCUGAUACUAACAACAAGCUACUCUACAACCUCAACGAGCGGUUCAACUACUGUCAAUGGCAAGGUGUCAAGUGUGUCCAAGGUCGACUGGUUCGGUUCGUCCUCCAGAGCUGCACCUUGAGCAGAAUCUUUGCUGAUAACACAUUGGCUCGUCUGGACCAGCUACGUGUCCUCAGCCUCCGCAACAACUCACUCACUGGUCCCAUACCUGACCUUUCUACUCUCACCAACCUCAAAGCACUCUUCUUUGACCACAACACUUUUGCUGGAACCUUCCUGGUGUCACUCGUUUCGAUUCACCGGCUCCAGUCACUCGAUCUCGCUCGCAAUAACCACUCUGAUUCACUCCCGGUUCAGCUCAGUAACCUAGACCGGUUCAACAACCUCUACCUGGAAUGGAACCGGUUCACCGGCUCGCUUCCGCCUCUCAACCAAACCACUCUCCAAGUGUUAAAUGUCUCCGGCAAUAACCUCACCGGACCGAUAACAGCAUUUCUCUCGAGAUUCAAUGCUUCAGCCUUCUUGUUAAACCCUAACCUCUGCGUUUCUUACCAAAAUCCACCGCCAGCUGCAAAUGAUCCUCUUUUGGGUUGUUUAAGCCCUAAUUUUAUUUGGGGCGUUUUCAUUUUGCGGUGGUGGAGGGAGUUGCAGCGGUGGUGGUGCUGCGUUGUUGGUGCGGCGGUGAUGGUGGUGGUUGCGGUGGGGUGGUGAUGGUGGUGGUUGUUUUGUUGAGAGAGAAGAUAAGAUAGAGAAAGUGAUUAGGCGUAGAGAGAGAGAGAGAGAGAGUGUGAGUCUGAAGAUGAAGAUAAAGAGAGAUAUGAUGGAAUAUGUUUAUAUAUUUAAUAAUGGUUUUAAUAAUAAUAAAAUGGUUUUUUA